GACUGCGUAACGAUCGCUGCGAUGGCAUCCGCUCUGAGGCUGAGACUGCUCCACGCUCAAUUCUCUCAUUUUGGGACGAUACUAACACGUAGGAACUCACAGCCAUGGCUGCGGUGGUCGCGGGCGUACAGCACACCGGCUGCGGCCAACCCGAUUUCCAAACGUUCCUACCUCUACGGUGCUGUGCAUUGUUGUAUCUACCCACCUCAUCUGACCGAACUUUGAACAAAUCUCUGGUGACACACUCCGAUGUCAUUGUGUAUGACCUUGAGGAUAGUGUGCCUCCUACCCGUGCCAACAAAGAGGGCGCACGAGGUCGUUUGUCACUCUUCAUUACUGACAAACUGUUCGGCGGGUUGCCUCAGCCGGAGCGGCUCGCCGUCCGCGUCAACGCCGUGAAUACCCCCUUUUUCCAAGAUGACAUUACUCAGGCGCUCGUACCGUCUUGUAUUCGCACCCUUGUCAUUCCUAAGGUGCACUCCAUUCAAGAGCUCGAUGUUGUAUCGACUCAGAUACACGCUGCAAACUCGAGGAAGACAUCGCCAGAUCCAGUGAACAUUGUAGCAAGCAUUGAGAGCGCGAGGGCACUCUACAAUGUCGGUGAGAUUGCCGGCUGGCAGUCCAAGUUUAGGCCUGAGCUAGGCGGCAAGCUCACCGCUCUCCUAUUUGCUGCAGAAGAUUAUUGUGCCGAUACUAAGAUCAUUCGGACGAAGACUCGCCAAGAAUUGCUCUACACCCGUUCGCAGAUCUCUAUCACAGCUAGGGCGUUCGGCCUUGAGUCCAUCGACAUGGUCUGUGUCGACUACAAAGACUCUGUAUACCUCAAGGACGAAUGUGAUGACGGCCGAAGACUAGGUUUUACUGGCAAACAAGCGAUACACCCGAACCAAGUUGAGGUUAUCCAUUCCUCAUUUCUGCCUACUACAAAGGAGAUCCUCCGUGCAGCGCGUAUCUUACGCCAAAUGGAGAAAGCUCACGGUCAGCAGCGCGGAGCAGCCGGUCUGGUGACGGAAGAUGGUGGUCUGGAGAUGAUAGACCAGCCGAUGAUAAAGCAGGCCGAGUAUACCAUUCGCACGGCCUUGGCCGCGGGUCUAGAGAUACCAAAGAUUGAAUAGAUGUACACUAUGCAGGACUUAAACGAUCUACGUACAAGGGACCAGGUAUCAACAGCGUUAGACCAUCUCCUCGCUCCUAUCGUAACUCUGCAAUCCUUUCCGUAGGCCGUGACUUCAUGCGCGACAGUGGCGUCUCCAAUCCUAUAUAAGGUUAAGCUUUCGGGAAACAACAAACGGUCGUGUGAAUAACCGCUGUCUGAAUUCACCUCAGCCCCUGUUCGUACCUUCCAGAGGCCUCUCAUCAUUGACGAAGG